CAUUUAAUUUUCUUUUUUGUUUUUACAUUUAUUAUUAUUUUUUUUAUAUUUGUGAUAUAACCCUGUUUCUUGUUACUUCUAUCCCCUGCCCUUUGUUUCCAGAUUCUCUCUUUCUUUAUUAAGAAAUAUUCACAUUUUAUUUAAAAUGGAAAUAAAGACCAUGAAGUAUGGAGCAUUACUUUGUUUAUCUUCUUUAUUUUAAAGACUUGUGUCCCCUCGUUAUAGAUUAAUCUGGUUCCCCAAAUCUGUUUUACAGUGUUUCUAUCCUAAAAACAAAAAAACAAAAUAGCAUAAUUCAUAAUAGCAUAAUUCUUUUAGGACAUCAAUUCAUGUCCUAAAUGUAUUCAUUCAUAUAUAUAUUAAAGCUAAAAUAUGCAUUCUUUGCCCGAUGUUUAAAAUGUGCAAUGAAAAACAUAUGUUUUGAAUUCUGGUUCGGACACUCAGUUGGUCUACAGCAGGUGGCAGCACAUGCCUGAUGCAAACCUACCUAAAACAUCGCUAAUUAUGAGGACAUAAAAACAAAUCCUCAGAUAUUACAAUUUCCCCUCAAGCGCCUAACACAUCGCCAGUGUCAAAAUGUCUAUCAGGCCAUACGCCACAGAAACAUAAACUAAAAUCAAGAAUGCAAAUAAAGGCGUAAUGCUCUUAACAACCUGUUAAGCAUUGUUUAAAUGUUAGCUUUGAGCGUGUACAAGAUAACUCAGUAGCAAGCAGUAUUGGGGCUUUUUCUAGCCACUUACUAGUAAAGUAUUGGUUUAUGAAUAUUUCAGUUUGGUUCCACCAAUCAGAUCGCAGCGCUCCAAACUUCCCACCAAUCAGAGAAGCCGCUGUAACUUUCACGGGCAGCUCGCGCACUCGCUCUGUGCUGAUGCGCUGUCUGUCUGUAGGUGGAGAAGACUCGAUGGGGACACUUUUGUUUUGAUGCUAAUAUUUUCUUUCACAAACUGCGGCGCUUUUGUCAAAGCUCAGGUUUAUAUUGGGGGGAAUGAUGAGCACAUUCAUCUGUGGCUGAGGAAGCUGUCCUGUCCCUGAAGAGCCUCUUGAGAUCGUCUAAGCCUCUGCCAUGAGCUGUUUGGAUGUUAUGUAUCAUCAGAGUUAUGGAGCUCAUCACUACCUGCCCGCGACUUCAGCAGCAGCAGCAGCAGCGGCUUACAAAGCGGCAUAUUACCACCACCACCAUCAGCACCAUCAGCAGCACCAUCAGCAGCAGCAGCAGAAGAAGUUCAGUGCCUACAGCAGGAUGCAGGACUCUGAGGAGUUUCGCUCUGACUGUGGCCAGAGUAAGCAGCCUGGAGCGCUGAAGCCCCGUCCUGAGCCUGAGCUCCCACCAGAGGAGGAGCAGAGCGCUGGCGAAGAGGAGCGCUGCAAGGAGACGCAGCCCGCCGAGGCCGAGUACUUGAGCGCCAGGUGUGUGGUGUUCACCUAUUUCCGCGGAGACAUCGGGGAUGUGGUGGACGAGCAUUUCUCACGUGCGUUGAGCCAGCCCAGCGCCUUCAGCAAUGAUGCCAAGACCGGCACACUACACUCUGGAGGACCAUGGAAAGAGGGAAACUCCCACUCUGAGGGUCAACCUUUACCGUCGUCCCUGUGGGGUGGUGGCUACCCUUCUCAGACCUCCUCUCACCCUGACUUCCCCCACGCCGCUGCCUUCCACCCUGCAGACACUGGGCUCUGGAGCAGCCACGGCUUGCCCCCUCCCUCUGCUCUUACUGACUCUUGGCACUACGGCCUGGGAGCCCAGGGUGGAGCGGGAUACCCUCACGUUCACGAGAUGUACCCUCACAUGCACCCCCGCCACCCGCAUGCACAUUCCCACACCCACCACGUGCUCCAUCACGCUCACAGCCCCGCUCUGGACCCCUGCUUCAGCCCGCUUCUGCUGCCCGGUGUAAGAGCGUCUUGUAGCCCGACGUCCUGCGCAGACGGAAUCAAAACUGAGCUGGAACCGAGUAGCAUCGCAAACUGGCCCACUUCUUUCCAUGGGUCAGUGGACAUCUGUCAUGAUACAGUGCUUGAGCAAGACAAAGCGAAGGCCAGUGUUUGGUUCUGAGACAGAGAAGCUUCACUGGACUCCAUGCCUGAGACUGGACCACUUCUGCAGCUGAGGCCCACAGCACUGCGUGUGGAUUGCUUCCUCACAAGACUUUAUUGGGAACUAUUCAGGGGAGCAUCAGUCUCUAUCAGCGAGACAAGCAGAAAAACAGCUUUGGGACAACCUAGUGUUUUUGUAAAGCAUACCAUCCUGUCUUGAGUUUGUGCCCUUAAUGUGCGCUCAUGGACAGAGAUCCAGUUCAGGACACUUCUGUAAAGGAUGCCACACUCCCUUAAACAAGGUUUAAGAGGCAGAUCUCCCUCUUUCUCUACACAGAGGAGGUUUUCUCGACACGGCUGAUGCUUCAGAGCUGUGUUUAUGUACUAACCACAGGUUCUGUUGAAAGAACUGAUUGUAUUAGUACAGCAGGCAGAAAUGUGUGAGAAAAUCUUGAUUUACUUUAAUAUAUUUGUCUUGUGUUUUCUGUUCGUAAUACAUGUUAAAAGAUUAUUUUUGAUGUCAAAUCGUCUAAGGAAUCAGUCAUUAGUUUUACUGCUAUACAUGAACUGCUAAGUUUUAUUGGCAAACAAUCUGUUUUGUUUGGAUGGAUUAUUAAAUCAUUACAGUGAUCACUGUCCCUUUAAAUGUUGUCAGUGGAAGUGCUUCAUAAUGUCACAUUUAUUUUAAAUCUGUUUACUUUUCCUCGUCAAUGGGAUGUGAGGCAUUUGAGAGGUCAGUGGCACCAAAACACACCGCUUAUGCUGCUCUUGACCAAUUUUGGGAAGGAAAUACGGAGAACGCAAAGUCCCAGAAGGGAUAGUGUCAUUCCAUUCACAUUCAACUUUAUCUCUCGCAAAGCUGCGAAAUCUGGGACGUGUCACACAUAGAGUUAUAUUGCAAUGUAAAAUAAAAUGUUUACGUGAAUGCUCUUAAAUGUUAAAAGUUGGUAUGCGCUUCCUGUCUGGCGAUCCAAGACCACUUGAACAAUUGCAGUUAAAACAGACUCCUCUCAUCCACUGAAGAUUCAUCCUAAUAGAGAUCCUGAUAAAGCUAAAGAAUGUGGCAGUCGCCCUCUCCGUGCAACUUCGACCCAAAUCCACACAAAGAAUGCGAAGAGCGUAGAAUAUGCUGGUGUGAAAUCGGACAUUAUUUUAGAGGGCUGCAGCUUUAAAUAUUUUUAUACAAGCUCAGUGCCAGAUACUGCAUUGUAUUUGUGGUAAAAGGCAGCUGUUGGGCUGGUUGUCCCGUGAGUGGAGAAGCUCAGGCAGUGUGAAUGGAGGGUUCGAGAGUGAGAUCUCUGACCAGGUGGCGGCACUGACCCUCACAUUCCUGCAUCAGCAGCUGCUUCAUCCUGACACUGCGCCAUGAUAGAUUUCUCAAACUCUAGGCUAGAAAGACUAUUUUGUGUUAAUGUACAUUUGUAGUGUACUUCAAAUAUUUUUUUGCAGAUAACAUAAUAUUAAUAAAAU